GAAACUACCGAUUGUCUUCUCAACUACCCAUAUAUUUAUAUUAGGAAUACAUCACAUAAGUCAACUAUGUAGAUUGCCCACUUGAUCUCUCUAUCUCAUUUAACAGAAAAAUGUCAAAUGCUCUUGUGAGAGAGAGAAAAAAAGGAAGUUUAUUGGGAAAAGACAGCUUUUUUCCUUCUGGAAGCUGAGUUUAAUAAAGGAUUGAUUGAAAGAUAGGCAGAUAAUUGAGGGAGGGAGAGAGAGAGAGUUGCAAUGGACAAGAUGUUUCAAACCCGGAAAGCUUCUUGUCUGUGGAUAAUCUUAUUUUGUCUCUUUGGUCAAUCCAAUGGUGUUUAAAAGUGGGAUUGUGCAUACCCUUUAUAAGAUUUUCAUGGAGUAGUUGAAACUUGAAAGACAGUUUUUGUGCAGUUCUUGUUUACACUCAGAUCGGUUGGGGGUGUCAUGGUUGGGGGUGGUUUCAUCAUCCUCCUAUUUGUAAAUUUGCUGCAGCUACUUAAUCCUUCUUUUUCACACCCUUUGUGUACUGAUUCAAGGGCACCCUACACCCCCAGGACUCCUCUGGGGUUCUGCCCUUACAAUGGAACUGUGUGCUGCAACUCGGCAGAAGAUUUAGGUUUGCAGAAACAAUAUGAAGCAAUGAACAUAACCGAUGCUGGUUGUGCUUCUCUUCUCAAAUCAAUCCUCUGUGCGAAAUGCGAUCCGUUUUCAGCAGAACUAUUUACGGUUAAGUCCGUUCCAAGACAAGUUCCUCUACUCUGCAACUCUACCAUUUCAGCAAAUUCAACACAAACUAACCAGCCAAAAAGUGAUUUUUGUGUUGAAGUAUGGGAUACAUGUCAAAAUGUGUCUAUGAUGAAUUCACCCUUUGCGGCAUCAUUGAAAGGUCAAGGUGGAACUCCAGUUAAUUCCAAUGUUACCAGACUGACUGAUCUCUGGCAGUCAAAAACAGAUUUCUGUAAUGUUUUUGGUGGACCUUCUGUUGAUGGAUCAGUUUGCUUUGAUGGUGAACCUGUCACUCUUAAUACAACAGGAACUCCAAGCCCUCCAAGUGGUAUGUGUCUUGAGAAAAUAGGGAAUGAUUCUUACCUCAAUCUCGCCCCUCAUCCUGAUGGGUCUGGCCGCGCCUUCUUCUCUAACCAGGCGGGUCAAAUUUGGUUGGCAACCAUUCCAAAACGGGGUUCUGGAGGAACACUGGAGGUUGAUGAAUCCAAUCCCUUUCUCGACCUAACCGAUGAAGUUUAUUUUGAUACUGAAUUUGGAAUGUUGGGUAUUGCAUUUCAUCCAAACUUUCCCCAAAAUGGGCGUUUCUUUGCUUCAUUCAAUUGUGAUAAAACAAAGUGGCCUGGAUGCUCGGGAAGAUGUUCGUGUAACUCGGAUGUGAACUGUGAUCCUUCAAAACUAGGCACUGAUAAUGGUGCCGCACCAUGCCAAUAUCAAAGUAUUAUAUCAGAGUUUACAGUCAAUGGUACCGCAUCCAAGCUUUCCUUGGCUACAAGUGCCCAACCAUCAGAAGUGAGACGGAUAUUUACAAUGGGCCUUCCAUUCACAGCUCAUCAUGGGGGUCAGAUUCUUUUUGGACCCACUGAUGGAUAUUUGUACUUCAUGAUGGGGGAUGGUGGCGGUGUAGGCGAUCCUUACAAUUUUGCUCAGAACAAGAAAUCAUUGCUUGGAAAGAUUAUGAGGCUUGACAUUGACAACUUUCCAACUGCUGCAGAAGUUAGUCAGCUUGGUUUAUGGGGAAACUAUUCUAUCCCCAAGGAUAAUCCAUAUUCUGAAGAUAAGGAAUUACAGCCUGAAAUAUGGGCCAUCGGAUUAAGAAAUCCUUGGCGGUGCAGUUUUGAUUCUGCGAGGCCUUCUUAUUUCAUGUGUGCAGAUGUAGGGCAGGAUCAAUAUGAAGAGGUGGAUAUCAUCACCAAGGAUGGGAAUUAUGGAUGGCGUGUUUAUGAGGGCCCCUACCUAUUCACUCCCCCACAGACACCUGGAGGAAAUACAUCUGUGAAUUCCAUAAAGCCAAUUUUCCCAGUGAUGGGAUAUAACCAUUCUGAUGUAAACAAGAAUGAUGGUUCAGCCUCAAUCACAGGUGGAUAUUUCUAUCGGUCAACAGCUGAUCCUUGCAUGUAUGGAAGGUAUUUCUCUGUGCCUGGAAGUUCACUUCCUGCUCUGGGUUACAUUUUCUCAUUCGGGGAGGAUAAUAGUAAGGAUAUAUUUCUUCUAGCAAGCAGCGGCGUGUAUAGAAUUGUUCCUCCAAGUCGGUGCAAUUACGCUUGCUCAAAGGAGAAUGGCACUGCUGUUGUGACCCCAGGUCCUUCUGCUUCACAUCCUUCAGUAGCAAGCCUGUUGAUGAACCCAUACACGAAUUUGGGGUUGAUUGCAAGAGAUGUAUCAAUUGCUUUUGUAUUUUUGGCGAUGGUGUAUGAUAAGUUGGUACUAUAUUAG